CAAAAAGCUACUCGUCUCGGGUAUCGCCCCGUCAGCAUUGCUCUAUAACUAACCUCAGAACACCGCAAUCAUGGGCUUGCUGACUCUCAGAUCAAUUCCUCCUCUUGCAAUCCAUCGGUUCCACGUAGCUCCAGACGUCCAUCAGCCAGCACAAUGACCGCGCAAGCGGACCACAUCGAAACCUUCGCGCCCAUCAAAUGGGCAACACCUUACCUCACCUCCCCAAAUUGGCGCAUACGAACGCGCACGCGCGGAACUAGGUCAGGGGAAGACUCCGACCGCUUCUGCCGCGACACCAUGUCCAGCUACGACGGCGUCCAGCACUGGCUCGAACUCUACGAAAAGCCUGCCCCCGGCUCGACAACCAUUACGAAAUCCGUUUCGCUCUGCAAGUUUGGGCCCGGCCUCACCGGCUUCCCCUUGAUAUGCCACGGCGGCGCCAUAAUGACUAUAAUGGACGAGGCACUCGCGUUCGCCAUGGUCGCAAGUGAGGCGGUUACUGCUGGGCUCGAAGUUGCUGACUGGGCUGAGAUUAUCGCACAGGAUUGGAGAGAUGGUGGCCUCGCGAAAGAAGGGCGGGCGACGGAAGAGGCGCUGAAGGGGUAUCUCGUCACGGCGAAAUUGGAUAUGAAGUUCAUGAAGCCGGUGCUGUGCCCGGGGAUCGUGGGAGUCGAGGUCGAAAUGCUAGAGAAUAAGGGGCAUAAGAUGAAAAUGAGGGGUGUUAUGAAGGAUGGUGAGGGGACACCUCUGCUGCAGGCGGACGGGUUGUGGGUAAGGUUAGGCGGCGCUGUGAAGCUAUAGAAGCCGCUCUAUGUGUGCUGUGGACUACGGUUCCGCACAAUGCGCCGUGCGAAACAAUGCUCCACGGUAUCUCCACAUUGUUCACGCCGUAUACAUAUGCAUUGGUCU